AUGAGUAAGACUGACUUGCCCAAGAUGGCGACUUCUCAUCAGUGGGAAGAUUUAAGAAGGCAGGCAAGAAAUUUGGAGAAUGAAAUCGAUCUGAAAUUAGUUUCAUUUAGUAAAUUGGGUACAACGUACGGAUCACACGAUUUGACUUCGGAAAAUUCGGAUACGAUUCCCUUAUUGAGUAAUGUAAGCAGCGAACACAUGUUCGAGACGAUAAUGCUUGAAAUCGAGCAGCUGUUAGCAAAAUUGAAGGAAGUAAAUGACAAAAUGGCUUCAUUUACCCAAGUACAAGGCUUGUCGGUUUCUAGCGCGACUGUUCUCCACACCUUACAACGUCAUAGGGAAAUACUGCAAGAUUACACGUUAGAAUUUCAGAAAACUAGUGCAAAUAUACAAGCACAAAGGCAGCGAGAGGAACUUCUAGGCUCCGUCAACAGAGAGAUCAGUUCAUAUAAAAAUUCUGGUCUGAAUAGAAGAAACGAAUUAUAUAUGAAGGAACACGAACACGUAAGGAGUUCAGAUCGGAUGGUCGAUGAACAAAUCAGUAUUGCAGUUAAAACUAAAGACGAAUUAUUGAAUCAAAGAAUUGCAAUGAAGGCCAUUCAAACUAAAAUGACAACAUUGGCUAAUCGUUUCCCCAUGAUCAACAGCUUGAUGCAACGAAUCAACAUAAGGAAACGUAGAGAUUCCAUCAUCAUUGGCUGCGUCAUAGGAAUAUGUAUUAUUUUGAUAUUGCUGUAUAUGUUCCACUGAAAGUUGGUGUAAACUAUUAUAGAAAUUUACUUUGUACAGAUGAAAAAUUAAAAUAUAAUAUUUUGCCAUUCA